AUGGAAGCCGAACUUAUGCACAAGCUAAAUCUACAUGGACAUCUCCAUUACCUUGAAAGCCCUAGAUCACAAGAUAUAGAGACAGAGCAGUCUCGGUGGACAUGGCUUAGAGCUGCCAGUCUCCUUGGUCAGCAGCUUAUAUUGGGACAUUUUCUUCAUCCUACACCAUACAUACUAAAGGAAGCUGCUCAUGCUGGUGUGCGUAUGAGUUGGAACCCUAUGUCUAAUGGUCGUCUUGGAUCAGGUAUUGCAGAUAUUCCUGAAUAUCUCAAACAUGGUCUUUGCAUUGGAUUGGAUGUUGAUGGCGAAGCGAGCAGCGACCGUUGCGAUCCUUUUGAAAAUAUGCGAAUGGGCCUUUAUUCUAUCCGAGGAAAGUACCAGGAUCCUUCUAUCUUGACAAGACGCGAAGUUCUUUAUAUGCACACUUUAGGUGCAGCCAAAGUGCUGGGAGUUGCAGAAAAGGUCGGCAGUCUGGAAAUAGAGAAGCAAGCAGACAUAGUCCUGCUUGAUCCACCAUCCUCCUGGAAGCUCGAUGAUCAUGUAUCUACAUUGGUACUCUCAGCAGGUGUUGAAAACAUCAGUGCUGUUUUUGUUGGAGGGGUUGAGCAAUGGCCACACAAGUCUGCUAUCCCUGAAGAAACUACCAGAUUACCAGAGCUAGCCUGGAUAUUUCCUUCAAAAUAA